AUGUGCCCUUCCUCCUCCCCUGCACAUGUGCCCUUCCUCCUCCCCUGCACAUGUGCCCUUCCUCCUCCCCUGCACAUGUGCCCUUCCUCCUCCCCUGCACAUGUGCCCUUCCUCCUCCCCUGCACAUGUGCCCUUACUCCUCCCCUGCACAUGUGCCCUUCCUCCUCCCCUGCACAUGUGCCCUUCCUCCUCCCCUGCACAUGUGCCCUUCCUCCUCCCCUGCACAUGUGCCCUUCCUCCUCCCCUGCACAUGUGCCCUUCCUCCUCCCCUGCACAUGUGCCCUUCCUCCUCCCCUGCACAUGUGCCCUUCCUCCUCCCCUGCACAUGUGCCCUUCCUCCUCCCCUGCACAUGUGCCCUUCCUCCUCCCCUGCACAUGUGCCCUUACUCCUCCCCUGCAUUUGUGCCCUUCCUCAUCCCCUGCACAUGUGCCCUUCCUCCUCCCCUGCACAUGUGCCCUUCCUCCUCCCCUGCACAUGUGCCCUUACUCCUCCCCUGCACAUGUGCCCUUACUCCUCCCCUGCACAUGUGCCCUUCCUCCUCCCCUGCACAUGUGCCCUUACUCCUCCCCUGCACAUGUGCCCUUCCUCCUCCCCUGCACAUGUGCCCUUCCUCCUCCCCUGCACAUGUGCCCUUCCUCCUCCCCUGCACAUGUGCCCUUACUCCUCCCCUGCACAUGUGCCCUUGCUCCUCCCCUGCACAUGUGCCCUUACUCCUCCCCUGCACAUGUGCCCUUCCUCCUCCCCUGCACAUGUGCCCUUCCUCCUCCCCUGCACAUGUGCCCUUCCUCCUCUCCUGCACAUGUGCCCUUCCUCCUCCCCUGCACAUGUGCCCUUCCUCCUCCCCUGCACAUGUGCCCUUCCUCCUCCCCUGCACAUGUGCCCUUCCUCCUCCCCUGCACAUGUGCCCUUGCUCCUCCCCUGCACAUGUGCCCUUCCUCCUCUCCUGCACAUGUGCCCUUCCUCCUCCCCUGCACAUGUGCCCUUGCUCCUCCCCUGCACAUGUGCCCUUCCCCUGCACAUGUGCCCUUCCUCCUCCCCUGCACAUGUGCCCUUACUCCUCCCCUGCACAUGUGCCCUUCCUCCUCCCCUGCACAUGUGCCCUUGCUCCUCCCCUGCACAUGUGCCCUUACUCCUCCCCUGCACAUGUGCCCUUCCUCCUCCCCUGCACAUGUGCCCUUCCUCCUCCCCUGCACAUGUGCCCUUCCUCCUCCCCUGCACAUGUGCCCUUCCUCCUCUCCUGCACAUGUGCCCUUCCUCCUCCCCUGCACAUGUGCCCUUCCUCCUCCCCUGCACAUGUGCCCUUACUCCUCCCCUGCACAUGUGCCCUUCCUCCUCCCCUGCACAUGUGCCCUUCCUCCUCCCCUGCACAUGUGCCCUUCCUCCUCCCCUGCACAUGUGCCCUUGCUCCUCCCCUGCACAUGUGCCCUUACUCCUCCCCUGCACAUGUGCCCUUCCUCCUCCCCUGCACAUGUGCCCUUCCUCCUCCCCUGCACAUGUGCCCUUCCUCCUCCCCUGCACAUGUGCCCUUCCUCAUCCCCUGCACAUGUGCCCUUCCUCCUCCCCUGCACAUGUGCCCGCAUACUCCUCUCACGCUCAACCCCUGUGCCUCCUCAAUCCCCCCAGCGAACUCACUCCGGCUUCACAUGCCCAGUGACGACCACAUAGGACGACUGGGUGUGCUCCUUGCAGCUCUGCCAUAA